AGAACCGGGAAACCAUGGCAACGGGAUUUUGGGGUUGAGUGAAGCAGGCGGUCGAUAAGGGUGGGUUCAGGCAGCGCGAGGACCAGACAUCCGCGGAUCGAUUGUCACGGGUACUGAUAGGUGAACCGGGCGCUCGCGCGUGUGUGUGGCAGCACAGAAGCUGUCAUCAGUCUCGAUAUUUCGGUCUGCUGCUUCCUCGUGAAUCAUGUCUUCCUCCUCGUCCUCCUCCUCUUCCAUGGAGCUGCCCUACUUCUGUCCUCGUUGCGGGGAUGGGUUUCGGUUCUCAUCUGUAGCUGAGCUCCGGGCGCACCUGGUCAGCCGACACACCUACGAGACCCUGCUGGUGCUCUCCCAGGCUCGGGUCAGAAGCUCCAGAACCAGUUCUCUCCUCCCACUCCCUAGCCCAGCUGUAUCCCAAAGUCAGAGCACUUCUCUGGACAUGGAACAUCAAAGCCUGCCCCUGCCACUGGCCUGCUUGGAUCUCGCCUCAUCAUCUGCCUCCGUCCAACUGCUCAGGGAGAUGUUCAGUGCUUCAGAUUGCCCUCUGCCUUCCUCUACGGUACAUUCAGAAGGCCCCUCCACUGCUCUGGCCCUUCCUGGAUCUGUGGAUCUUUUUGCUGGGAAGAACCUUGGAGAGGUGAGGGUCCAGCUAGGCUUGGUGGAGAUUGGGCUGGAAGAGCGACUGGGGCUCGGGCUGGAUCAUAAAAUCGCCCGGACUUUCGCGGAGGUUGAGGAGAGGGUGAACCGACGCAUGGCCCGACUGAAAGUAGAGCUACAGAGGAGAGAGAUGGAGCUACAGCGGGCGAGGCGAGACAAGGAACGACUCAGGAGUGAGAAACAGGAAGUGGAAGAGAAAGCAGCCUACCUGUCCCGACAGGUCUCAGCUGCCAUGGAGAUGAUGGAGAAAUUAAAGAAAGAUCUUACAGGGAAAGAGAAGGAGCUGAGCAAACGACAACAGGAGAUGGUGGACAUUGAGCAUUUUUUGAGGGAGACGGCAGACAAAGAGGCCGAAGCCAAAUCCAGGCUGCAGAUGUUCAUUGAGACACUGCUGGAGCGAGCAGAUUGCGCAGAGAGACGGCUCCUGAUGCUUGGCUCGCACGAACAUCGCAACCUCUUCCCAGACAGUGACGGGUACGCAUACACCGAGCCCUAUUUGCUCACUGAGGUUUACGAACCUACACGGAGCCAAGGGGGACGCAGUCUGGAUGGCAGCACUGAUGACAUCAUUGCAAAUAAGAUGCAGGAAACCAUUGGAAACAGGAGGAGUUAUAGCGUGUCGAGCUCCUACAGGCUGGGAGAGCAGCUGCAUGGACACCAUCGCUACAGUGGUCUUGCUGGACGAAUGCGAACCUCGUCUCUGGGUUCGGGGGGUUGGAACUGCGAGGCGGCAUCAACCCAUCUCCAUCCGAAUCCCUACGCCCAACCCUGGACUCAACGAGAGAGAGGAGAAGGAGGAGAAGAUGGGAGGAGGGAGAGGUUCUGGACUGCGGAAGAGGGAUGGGGGAGAACGUGGAAGAAAAGAAACUUUCGUCACCAUAGCACCGAGGAGGAAGACGAGGAGGAAGAGGAGGAAGAUGAGGAACUGUGGACCAGUGCUGAGAUGAGGAGACUCAUCUUUGCCAGGACACACACACCUGGAUCAGAUACCCCCUCUUCCAUCCGCUCCACACCCUCCCGUUGCUUUGGUGACAGACAGCUGGUAGCAGACACCCUGCGGCUGAGGGCGGGCCUUUUUUGCAUCUUCCCAUAUUUGGACGUGCGCUCAAUGCUGCGUGCAGCCGAGGUGUGCUCUGAUUGGCGGUUCGUUGCCAGGCACCCUGCUGUUUGGACACGCCUCCAGCUGGAGAAUGCCAGAGUGUCUACAGAGUUCCUGACGACGCUGUCACAGUGGUGCACUCAAACUCAGGCCGUGGUGCUCAGCAACCUGAAGCCUCGAAGUCGUCGAGCCAACGAGACGCGAGAGGAUUACCACAGAAACAUACGAGGGAGUGUGGAGCCCGGGGUGGAGGCCCUGCUGCGGUCAGCAGGGGGCAGCUUGCUCCACCUGUCUAUCUCUCAGUGUCCCCACAUCCUCACCGAUAGGACCCUGUGGCUGGCCAGCUGCUACAGCAGGAACCUGCAGAUGCUCACAUACAGGAGUUCAUCAGAUCCUCUCGGUCAGGAGGUUCUCUGGGCUUUGGGUGCUGGAUGCAGGAGCAUCACCAGCCUGCAGGUGGCGCCUGCUCAUCCCUGCCAACAGCCAACUCGUUUUGGUAACCGCUGCUUGCAGACAAUUGGCCGUUGCUGGCCACACCUCCGCUCUCUCAGUGUGGGCGGAGCUGGCUGUGGGACUCAGGGGUUGGUUGCUGCUGUACGCAACUGUGCUCAGCUACAGGUGCUGGAGUUGGAGCGUAUUACUGACCUCGGCCUGCAGGCGGCGACAGAGCUGUGUAAGGCUGGACUGAAGAAGAACCUGCAGACGUUGAUCUUGACACACACACCCGUGAGCGGUCAGGCCAUCCUGCACUUCCACAGUGAGUGUGAGAACAUCAGGUCAAUCAUUGUCGAGGUCUCUGCGUCAGAUUACUUUGAAGAACCGGACACUGAGGAAGCACAACAUCUGUUUGGAGAGAUUCUCAGUACACUGAAGGUUCUUCAGACGCGUCCUGGUGUGAGUGACGUCCUGCAGGUUAAAGCCGACAGUUUCUCCUGACCUCAGCGCAAACUGCUUUCUUUUAUACGUGAGAACGUCUAAAUCUGGGUUUUGUGUUUGUUUUUUUUUACCUGAAGCCAUUAAUCUUUCCCUGAACUAAUGUGUGCAAUAUUUACUACACACUGGCCCAAACUGUUUAUGAAACUGUUUUUUGAGGAAAUAGGCUACCUGUAGCUUGAUUUAUUGAAAAAAAAAAAGAAAAAGAAUAAAAGGUAUUUAAUGUGUUUUUAGGAAUUUAGGCUAAAAUAAACCAUACUUAUCCCUUAAUAUCUGUGCUAAACCCAUGCAAAGCAGUCAAGUCCCAUGGCGUCAAAUACUGCCACUCUAUCUGAUGCUGCUGUUGUCCUAUUGAUAGGUUUCCUUUGGCUUGAUUGUCCUGACAUAUCUAACAGUCCUCUUUUAAAGCUACUUAUUUCAAAAAUUGUUUAAAUCCUUCAAAAUCAAAUUAAAGCUGAAAAGCUCAACAGAACUAAACACUGUGUUAAAGAAAAAGCAGUAGUUUGGUGUAAUACCACUGUAUACCCAAAGAGAGUGCAGCGACUCAGUGGAGACUUUUUUAACCAGAAAAAUGAUUAAAGUUAUAUAAGAAAAAAAAAAACCUCUCAAGGAAAUGGGGCUGCUAAAAGAAAUUAGUUAGCUGUAGGCACGGAAAACUACUUGGUCAAGUUUGUUUGGUUUUUUUUUAAAGGCAAUAAGUAGGGCUGUGCGAUAUGACCAAAAUCUCAUA